AUGCAGCUCUUGAGAGCUUUUUUCUCUGAGGUCCAAAAAAUGAACACAGAAAAAGCGACUUCCCGAAAACGCAAGAGCGAAUCUUCCUCAGACUCCGGUCUUUUGAAUUCGAAACGAUGGUCGAUCGAAAACGAAGACAAGGAGUCCGAGGAGAAGAGGGAAAUUGAGUACAUGGCCGAUGACGAGUUCGAAAGCGAAGAUGAGCUUCAAUACGAUUUCAGAAAGCUCCGCGAAGGGAUGAAGAAGAAACAAGCACUCAAGGAAUUCAAGGAUUUGGUCAAACAAAUCAAAACGACAAAAAUCUGA